AAACUGUUUCCUAUAUAUACACACCACACACAUGCUCUGAAAAACUAAAAGAGUGUGAGAGAGAUAUUUGCUUUGGUCUUUGGUGUGAUCUUUGCCUUUUAAUUUGUUCCUUUAAUUUGUUGUGAUUGUUCCUUUGUUGUGAUGGAUAUUGAUCUUUCUCCCCAAUUGGCCAAGAAGGUGUAUGGAGGCAAUGGUGGAUCUUAUUAUGCUUGGUCUCCUUCUGAACUUCCAAUGUUGCGUGAAGGGAACAUUGGUGCUGGAAAAUUAGCUCUAGAGAAGAAUGGUUUUGCCCUUCCUCGUUACUCUGAUUCUUCCAAGGUUGCAUAUGUUCUGCAAGGAAGUGGAGUUGCUGGGAUUUUACUGCCUGAAUCAGAAGAGAAGGUUAUUGCAAUUAAGAAGGGUGAUGCUUUGGCACUCCCCUUCGGAGUUGUGACAUGGUGGUUUAACAAGGAGGAACCAGAGUUGGUUGUUCUUUUCCUAGGAGACACUUCAAAAGGUCACAAGGCCGGUGAAUUUACCGAUUUUUUCCUAACCGGCUCUAACGGAAUCUUCACCGGAUUUUCAACCGAAUUUGUGGGAAGAGCUUGGGACUUGGAAGAAAAAGAUGUCAAAACCCUUGUUGGAAAACAAACAGGAAAGGGCAUUGUGAAGCUUGAUGAAAACAUCAACCUCCCUCAGCCAAAACAAGAACAUAGGAAGGACAUGGCAUUGAACUGUUUAGAGGCUCCAUUGGAUGUUGACAUUAAGAAUGGUGGAAGGGUUGUGGUCUUGAACACUAAGAACCUUCCUUUGGUUGGCGAGGUUGGUCUUGGUGCAGAUCUUGUGAGGCUUGAUGGAAAAGCCAUGUGUUCUCCAGGUUUCUCUUGUGACUCUGCUUUGCAGGUUACUUACAUUGUCAGAGGAAGUGGUCGUGUUCAAGUUGUUGGUGUGGAUGGUCGUAAGGUUUUGGAGACAACUUUGAAAGCUGGGAAUUUGUUCAUUGUGCCAAGGUUUUUUGUUGUUUCUAAGAUUGGUGACCCUGAAGGAAUGGAGUGGUUCUCCAUCAUCACUACCCCUAAUCCUAUAUUUACACACAUGGCUGGGAGUUCUUCGGUGUGGAAGGCUUUAUCACCCUCGGUUCUGCAAGCAUCUUUCAAUGUAGAUGCAGGAGUUGAGCAACUAUUUCGUUCAAAGAGGACUUCUGAUGCUAUCUUUUUCCCUCCUCCAAAUUAAAGUUGAAUAAAAGUUGCAGUACUUAGGCAUAGAAUUUUACAUUUAUCUAGCUAGUAGCAAAUUUUGAAUUAAUUUUAGUUUUUUAGUUUAGUUUUCUUAAGAUUUCUGCAUUUGUUUUUCUUUUGGAUUUACGAGGAGUUGAUUAUCUCAAAUUUACUUA